CCCGCCUCCCGCCCCCAACGGUCUCUCCCUUCAAACGCGAAACAAGAUGGCGGCGGCGGCUUCUCUGAGGCGGCGGGGCCGGCGGAGAGGCGGGGAGGAGCUAGCUGCGGGCACUGCCACGGCGGCCUGCCCCGGGUGCCUGGCGGAGGCAGGGGUCCUGCCGCGCGGCCACUCACUGGGCCGACCUCCCCUUGCCACCGAAGCGGGGCCGGGCCCCGGGCCCGGGCCGCCCUCCGGGCCAGCCUGCUGCCCGCGCUGCGGCAGCCGCAACCGCCCCUUGGGCCGAGCCCGCCGCCGCCCCCGCUCCCGCCCCAGCGGCCUGGCCGAAGCUGAACUGUGGGAGCGGCUCCACCGCGGCCGCCGCCGCCACCGCCGCUUGGACGGGGACCCUGCUGGGUCCGGUCUGGGAGCUGAUGCUGCGGGAGCCGAGGAACAGCGGGCUGCGGUCGCCGAGGAAGACUUUAUAUUCAGAGCACCAAUCAAACUAAGUAAACCAGGGGAACUUCGAGAAGAGUAUGAAAGCCUUAGAAAGUUGAAGGAAGAAAAGUUAGAAGAGGAGAAAACCUCUGAGGAUCUGAUCCACAAACUCUUACUGGAGGAUAUUGAAGCAGGGAAAAGGAGAAUGGAAGAAGUGCAGAAAAAAGAUGAGCCAUUAGUACUCUGUCCCGAGCGCCUCUCAGAUUCUGAAAAUGAAGAACCUUCCCAGGGCAAGAUGACACAUCGUUCGGCGUUUGUUUCCAAGAGCAGCGUUUACUCCUUAGCUUUCCUGACAGGGUGCUCCUCAGUCCAGUGGUAUGGCCUUCUUUGCUGUUCCAUAAGCAUCUCUUGGCUCAGGGAAUUUUCCCUGGUUGUCUCAUAUGGCUGGAAUCCUCUCUCCCCUCAUUUCUACUCAUUGGUUUCCCCUGGCUUCCUAAACCUGAAUUCCAGAGUGGAGAGAAGCCAGAGUUGUAAUGACACAGCCCAGGACAGAGCAAAAAGCAGAAUUCGAUCAGUUCCCACCAAUAAAGCAAAGGUCACAGCAGUGACUCCAGCCUCCAACCCCAUUGUUGGUGUUCUCUUGUCAACCCAAAACAACCGCUGCUUCUCAGCCCCUGAUUUGACUGUGGAAAAACGACUACCAUUCAGCUCUCUCUCAUCUCUGUCCUCCUUGCAUAAGCCAGAGCGAUCUAUUAGUCCUGAAAGUAAUGAUAGCAUCUCAGAAGAACUGAAUCAUUUCAAGCCCAUUGUCUGCUCACCAUGUACCCCUCCUAAGAGACUCCCUGAUGGCAGAGUACUCAGCCCAUUGAUCAUAAAAUCAACACCCAGGAAUUUGACCAGAACCUUACAGAAGCAGACCUCUUAUGAAGCUAGUCCACGGAUCCUUAAGAAGUGGGAACAGAUCUUCCAGGAAAGACAGAUCAAAAAGACCCUUUCAAAAGCUACCCUCACUUCCAUGCCUUCUGAAACAGGGGAAGACUUCCUAAUUCCUGAAGUUGUCCAUUCCAGCAAAGAGCAGCCAGGGCUGGCUUUACAUGUGAGACUCUUCAGUGAGCAAGUAAGCUCAGAUCAUCCUACACUUAUCAUCCCAGAGCCUGAUUAUUUUCCCUCGGUUAGUCAAGCAAAGGUAGAAAGGAGAAUUGGUAGGAAGAGCAGUGCCAAAAUCCUGUUGGAAACUGACUAUUCCUUGGAAUCCAAAGGGAGAGCAAAUGGAGCCAUUUUGGAUAGUCAGGGGUUUGAGGGAUCUGAGACAAGCACAGACUCUGAUCUAGACAAAUCAUGGAUAAGCACUGAUGUGAAAUUCACGACAAGGAAAAUUAUGGCUAUUAAUCCAGCACUGCCUGAGAACAACACACUUGGUGUGGUUCUCAAAACCACAAAAAAGCAGCUGAAGACACUGAAUCAUUUUGAGUUGCCUAAUGGCAACUGUGACAUGGUAGAAACUAUCAGUGAUGCGCCACUUCCUCCCUUACGCCGUGGCCGGAAAAGGCACUGUAAGACCAAGCACUUAGAGCAAAAUGGCUCCUUUAAGAAACUAAGACAAAAUGUAGGGGAGGUGGGCCUGACCCCCGGGGACCCAGUGUUUCAAGAGAUGGAGCAGAAGCUUCAGCAGGAAGAGGAAGAUCGGCAGCUGGCCCUUCAGCUCCAGCACAUGUUUGACAAUGAGAGUAGGAUAGUGAGCAGGCGAAAAGGAGGUACUGACCAAUAUCUCCUACGUUCCAACAGCACUACUGGUGCCAAGUAGCACUUAGGAAUGAUGUUGCCUUUUCCCUAGAGGCCAGUAGAUUCGAUCAGAGAUCCUCCAGUCCACUUUUCAGUUAGAUUGAAUAAUGAGGACACUUUUUAAUUAUGGAUCUGAGCCUGGGCCUUAUACUCACUGUCCAAGGGAUCCCUUAUCCCUGCCCCUCUUCCAUGAUCAAGUCCUUUCAAGUAGGAAGCCCUCCGUACUGCAAACAGUCUGGAGAGUGUUUGGGGCCAAAGCUGGCAGGGCCAGGUUGGCCUGAGCCUUGGGCUGGCCAUUUUCAGGAGCUUGUGGCCAGAGUUUGCAAUUCCUCCUCCCCCUCUCCACACCCUGCCCCCUCCCUCUACCACCCCCAGCUACACACACAUACACCCAAACACACACACACACACACACACACACACACACACACACACACACACAAUGGACUAGCUUUAUCAGAAUUGUAGACUAGAAUACCUGACCUCUUUUAUCUUUCAUCCUGGCUUUGUUUAAAUCAGCCUUGCAGAUAGGAUGAAUAUUGUUCUGAGCAGUUAAUUGAUAAUUUAUUCUUCUUUGACCCUAAAAUUCAUAAUUUGAAAUUUCCUUCCUUCCUAGAUCUCCUUCCCUUCCCCAUCCCAAAAUGUAUGUCUUUCUAAUUGUGUUGGCUCUAACUAAUUAUAAAAUACCAAUAGCAAACAUUUUUUUAAGCACUACUAUAUAUAGAACACAGUCUUUUGGCUAGGGAAGAUGCAGAGUUUAGAUAGAUGAUCCAAAUCCCUCAAGGACCUUAUAAUCAUGUAGGACUGGAAAAAAUGAAUUUGUAGUCCCGUUACACAUACAGCUUGUAAUUUCAGAGUAAUCAAGGGAGCAGCAAAGGCUAGUUAAGAAUCAUUCAUAACAUUAAGAGUGAAGAGCCUCACAGCUUUCCCAACUUACAGUUCUUCCUGUCUGUGAGAUGAGAGCCAUUCUCAGUGACACCAUGGCAUUUGAUUCUCUGCAAGGUUGAUUUAACUUAGACUUUCAAAUAAGAUUACUCAGUCAAAAUCAGAUAAUGAUAUUUGAGUACCCAUUGUACACUGUUGCAAUGAAGUUGUAACCAAGAAUUCUGAUAUCUGUGACUCUUUAGGGGUUCAUUUUUCUCUGAAGCUCUGUACUACAUCUUUUCUGUCAUAGUAGCUGGUGCUUUUCCCCUUCAAGACUCACCCUAGCUUAAAGAUUGGUGUUUACUUUCAGGUCAUUUCUUUGUUUUUCCCUAUAUACAUACAAAGUGUGACUUUUAAGUAACGCACCUGAUGUUUAUAAAUUAAUAUAUGUCCAGACAAGUCUUUAUCUUCAUCAAAAUAGCUCCCUUGGGUUACUGGUGGUGUUCAGUAUUUUCUGGAAUUCUUUUUGGAAAUUGCCUUCAGAAUCUAUAGCAGAUUUUUUUUCUCUCUCUCUCUGUUCUCAUGGUUGCCAUAUCUUCAUUCUUUGAGGUAGAUUUGAUCUUUGGUUAGAGUUAAAGGUUACAAGCAGCCAAAUCUGAUAAAUAAGGUAGUGGUCAAGUUGAAUAAUCACAUGUUCAGGUUAUAUGAAGUAUUACUAGGAAGGAAUGAGAAUGAUGCUUUUGAAUGGCUUGAAAAUCAGCUCUAAAGGCCUCAAGAGUUGUAGCAAUCUCAUUGGAAUAAAUGUAUAGUCUUCCAAAGGGUCUAGAUUGAAGGACAUUAUUAUUUGGAUGACUAAAUUCUAGUAGAGUAGUUUUUAAAAAAAUCAGUUUUAUUACUUUAUGGUCAUGCUUUGUAUGAUCUAGGUCCAACUUCUUACUGGUGAUGUGUUGCCUUUUUAAAGAAUACUUGAGUCACAAUGUCCAUGUUGAAAUAAUUGGAAGUGGUCUAGAAAGGACAGAAAAGUUGGCCCUUCUAUCUUUUCCUUAUCCCCCACCCCAAAUACAUACAUAUAUUUAGAAAAAGCCAUCAGUUACUGCCAUUAGUAUACUUCCACUCUGCCAUUUGUAAGUAUUAAUGGAAGGUUAACUCUGUUGGUAGCAGCAAAGACACACAUAUUUUUCCGUUUUAUCACUAUAUCUCCAAGAAUCUGAAAACAUUUUUCAGUUGGGACUCACUUUUGUUUAAAAAAAGGAGAAAAAAACUAAAAAGAUAAAAAGAAUAUUUUUAAUAGAUAAAGCUAUAUAUUUUCAAUAUUUCCUUGAAUUGACACUUUCAUUUUGAGAAAUCUCAUAGCAAUGACAACAGAUGAUAGUUUUGGCAAUAGCGAGCAAAGUAUUUCCUGUUAAGCCAAUGCCUCGGGCCCUGGUGUGGUCUCCCAGUCUGGUACUUAGAAUGGUUUGGGAAACAAACUGCUGAGGAGAGUUCCCCACAUGGAAGUAGAGUGAUUGCACUUGAGCAGAUUAUAUUCCCUUUACGGAGGGGAGAAUCUGGGAAGAAUACAACAACCAGAGACCCUGUCUGUAUUGUCUGUAUUUUACAUUGCUCUCUACCUUUUAAAACAAUUCCUUGGAAGCUGAAGCUUGAACUGUUUCCUUUCUGAAACUUGCCCCUCAUUCACUUGACUGGUUUAUUGUGAAUUUACUUCAAAAUUGAGUUGCUGGCCCGAACUCUCUUUUAAGAAAAUGAAAAGCAAACAAAACAGAAGAUGGGGAACUUUGUGAACCAGAAAUGAAAAAAGUACACUUCAACAAGAAUCUGUUUUUCACAGAUAAGCAGAGUUCAACUCAUCAUGCAAGUUUCUCUCUUCCAAUAACUCUACUCCUGAUUGGGGGUUAAGGAAUGGUUUUGAUUAGAAGUCCAGAAAAUGUGAGACUUGCAAAAGGUGCCUCACUGGCCAAAGCUGGGAAGAUACUUGGGGAGAGUGCCCAUGACCUGUUGAUUGUAUAUGUUGGAAGAAGUCAUUUAGGGCCCUGUUGGGCUGUCACUGAAUCAGGCAAUUAUGUGUUCUGUCACUGGCUUGUUCUGUGAUCCCUCCAUUUUUUUCUUUUCCCUAAGCCAGGCAAACAGACCUUUGAGAAGCAGCUUGAUUUUCCUCAGACCCUGAGAAGAAGCAUUCCUGAUAAUGCCAUCUCCAGACAUAUGUUAAUUGGACUUUAAGAAAAGAUGCCCUCUUUGAUUAUAGCUGCUUAAUUGUUGUCUAAUUGAAUCCCAAUGACUAAGACAGCCAACAUUUUGCCUGGGUGACAAAGUGAUGACUGAAGAUUAUACUCUUCAGCUUUUGAAUGUAUUUGUGACCAGAGGGUUUGUGGAUCAUCUUAGGGGAAAGCAUUCUUUCAUAGGAGUGAUCCUGAAUGAGUCAGUUAAGGACAUCAUAUGGCGCUUUGCACAUAGUAGGUGCGCAAUAAAUAUUUGCUUUGAUUUUA